AUGACAUUCAAUCAAUCACAUCAUCCACAGCAGCAGCAGCAGCAGCAACAACAACAACAACAACACCAUCAACAACAACAACAUCAACAACUACAACAACAAUAUCAAUCCGGUUUGCAACAACAGCAACAAUAUCAACCAGAUCAACAACAUCAACGUCAGCAUUCUUCAGAUCAUCAAUCGCACCACUUUCGUCAUCAACGUAAUCAAUCAAUCACUUCUCAAACUUCAUCUCAGUCGAUUCAUCAUCAUCAGCUACCUAUUGUAUCUUCUCCUGCCCUUUCUUUUGCAAGUGUACCUAAUCACAAUCAUCAUCAUGAUUCAGCUUAUGUGGAUGAACCACUUCAGAUGGAGGGUGAAUUUGCUUCAUUGGAUUUACAUUCAUCUUCAAAUCAAACCUUGAAUCACUUUUUACAACAGCAACAACAGAACAAUCAACCAACCAGUUCAAAUCAAUACCCACAACGUUAUGAUACCCUCACUUGGGCUAGAGAACAUGCUUUACCUGAACUUCGUCAAGAUACCAUGUUGGCUACCGGUGGUUUACAUCCCAAGACUUCAGUCUCUAGUAUCACUGCUUAUUUGGACAAUCAAACUUCAGCUCAUCCUCAACAUGCUGAUGUUUCACAAUCUAAUGCAUCUACCGAUCGAUCGAUUUGCUCAUCCUCAUCACCUUCAUUAGCAUCUCUCCUUCACAAAUCAAUAAUUUACCUUCACCUUUCCUGA